AUGUCUUCUGAUAACAGAGAACCAUCCAAAAUCGGAGGUGAUGCCAAAUACUACCAAGGUGUAGCUAAAGAAACCGCCGGUAAAGUAUUAGGCAACGAACAAAUGCAAGCUGAGGGUACUGCCAAGAAGAUGGAAGGCAAAUACGAAUCUGAUGCCGCCAAAGGCAAUACCCAAAACCAAAAACAUCAAGUCAUAGGCGGUGCAAAAGAAACUCUUGGCAACGCUAUCGGAAAUGAACAACUGCAAGCCGAAGGGCGAGAACUUUCAUUACAAUAUACUGGUUUAGCAACGUUUAAACCAUUUUUUGACCGAAUGGAAGGAGUUUUAAUACCACCUGGAAGUUCUUCAGCUUUUACAGGGAUUUGCACAGGGGUUUUACAAGCUUCAACUUUAGUAACACCUCUUGAAUUAAUAAAAGUAAGGCAACAAACUGACUUGAAUAAGCAAAGGUAUCGUAGUAUGUCUUCAACCAUAGUGCAUAUUGUUAAAGAUGAAGGAGUGCUAGCAUUAUACAAAGGACUUCUUCCUACUAUCUUUAGACAGUCUUGGGGAUUGGCUUUUACUGGCUAUAUAUCAUUCAAAGAUUUAUUUUCAAGUUUAAACAACGGCCAAAAUACACCAUUACAACAUGCAUUAUCAGGUUUUUUAGCAAACAUUCUUGUAGGUAUAUUUAAUUCACCACCUGAUGUUGUAAAAACUCGGAUGCAAGACCAAAAUGCCGGAUAUAGAAAUAGUUUUGAAUGUGUUAAAUCGAUGUUAAAAAAUGAAGGUGUAAAAUCAUUUUUCAAAGGUGCUACUUUAAGAUGUGUUAGAAUUGCUCCUGGAGGGGCUAUACAAUUUUCUACUUAUGAAUAUUUGAAUAAGUUGAUUGGUGAUUAUAUGGAG